UUUAUAUUCGCCAUUUUGUAAUCUAAGUUAAAAGGGGGAUCGCUACCUUACAGACGGAGGGUAUUGGGGUACCCGAAAGAUGUAUCCCGUAGGCCAACCACCUGGGCCAGUGGGGCCUCCUCCUCGAGGCCCCCCGCAGAGUAUGCCUACACAGUCUACUGCUCCUCCAAUGCAACCACCAGGUCCAUCUGGUUUACCAAUGCAACCUGGUGGUGUACAGCCUCAAGAACUACCAGUUUUUAUAUGUCCUCGAAGGCCAAAUGUUGGGACUGAAGGGCGACCCAUUAUGCUAAGGGCAAAUCAUUUUGAAAUUCGAAUGCCAAGAGGAUAUUUACAUCAUUAUGAUGUUACUAUAACACCCGACAAAUGCCCUAGAAAAGUGAAUAGGGAGAUUAUUGAAACUAUGGUACAGUCUUAUUCAAAAAUAUUUUCUAACUUGAAACCUGUGUUUGACGGCCGAAAAAAUAUGUACACAAGAGAUGACAUUCCAAUUGGGAAUGAUAAAAUGGAACUAGAAGUAACGUUACCUGGUGAAGGAAAGGACCGUGUUUUUAGGGUUGCUAUAAAGUGGUUAGCAAAAGUUAGUUUAUAUGCUCUGGAAGAAGCUCUUGAAGGAAGGUCACGUACAAUACCAUUAGAUGUAAUACAGGCUUUGGAUGUGGUCAUGAGGCAUCUCCCAAGCAUGACGUAUACACCAGUUGGGAGGUCAUUUUUUUCAUCUCCUGAUGGCUAUAAUCACCCAUUAGGAGGAGGCCGAGAAGUUUGGUUUGGAUUUCAUCAGAGUGUUAGGCCUAGUCAGUGGAAAAUGAUGCUCAAUAUUGAUGUAUCUGCUACAGCUUUUUACAAAGCACAACCAGUAACAGAUUUUCUGUGCGAAGUGUUAGAUAUUAGAGAUAUCAAUGAACAGAAAAAACCCUUAACAGACUCUCAACGUGUAAAAUUCACCAAAGAAAUUAAAGGAUUAAAAAUAGAAAUAACUCAUUGUGGUGCUAUGAGGAGAAAAUACAGAGUGUGCAAUGUAACUCGCAGACCUGCUCAGCUUCAAUCAUUUCCUCUUCAACUGGAGAAUGGCCAGACUGUUGAGUGUACAGUAGCAAAAUAUUUCUUAGACAAAUAUAAAAUGAAAUUAAGGUAUCCACAUUUUCCUUGUUUACAAGUUGGACAAGAGCAUAAGCAUACAUACCUUCCAUUGGAGGUUUGCAAUAUUGUUGCUGGCCAAAGGUGUAUAAAAAAAUUGACUGACAUGCAGACAUCCACUAUGAUUAAGGCUACUGCACGUUCAGCUCCAGAUAGAGAAAGGGAAAUUAAUAACCUUGUAAGCAAUACCGGUCUCACAUCUGCUUCAAACCAAGUGAGGAGAGCUGAUUUUAACAAUGAUCCAUAUGUUCGUGAAUUUGGUCUUUCUAUCAGCAAUACUAUGAUGGAAGUGAGAGGUAGAAUAUUACCACCUCCUAAGCUUCAGUAUGGAGGUCGAACAAAGCAGCAAGCAAUUCCAAAUCAAGGUGUAUGGGAUAUGAGAGGCAAACAGUUUCAUACAGGAGUAGAAAUCAGAGUUUGGGCUAUUGCUUGUUUUGCACCUCAACGCACAUGUCGAGAAGAUGCCUUAAGAAAUUUUACACAGCAGCUUCAGAAAAUCAGUAAUGAUGCUGGUAUGCCCAUUAUUGGGCAGCCUUGUUUCUGCAAAUAUGCAACUGGUGCCGAACAAGUAGAACCCAUGUUCCGCUACCUCAAAUCUACAUUCCAAGGUCUUCAACUAGUCGUCGUAGUAUUGCCUGGAAAGACUCCUGUGUAUGCUGAAGUGAAGAGAGUGGGUGAUACAGUCCUUGGAAUGGCCACCCAAUGUGUUCAAGCAAAGAAUGUUAACAAGACUUCACCCCAAACUCUUUCUAACCUCUGCUUAAAGAUUAAUGUCAAAUUAGGUGGCAUUAACAGUAUUCUUGUUCCCAAUAUCAGACCCAAAGUGUUCAAUGAGCCUGUGAUAUUUCUCGGUGCAGAUGUAACUCAUCCACCUGCUGGAGAUAACAAGAAGCCUUCCAUAGCAGCUGUCGUUGGCAGCAUGGAUGGUCAUCCUAGCAGGUAUGCAGCUACAGUUAGGGUGCAGCAGCAUAGACAAGAGAUUAUACAAGAUCUGGCAUCUAUGGUUAAAGAACUAUUAAUACAGUUUUAUAAAUCUACCCGCUUUAAGCCAUAUAGGAUAAUAUUUUACAGAGAUGGUGUGUCUGAAGGACAGUUUCAUCAGGUACUUACCCAUGAGCUUUUGGCCGUGAGGGAAGCAUGCAUGAAACUCGAAGCAGAUUAUAAACCUGGAAUCACAUUUAUUGUGGUUCAGAAGCGGCAUCAUACAAGAUUAUUCUGUUCGGACAAAAAAGAACAAAUUGGGAAAAGUGGUAAUAUACCAGCUGGUACUACUGUUGAUGUUAGUAUUACUCAUCCAACUGAGUUCGAUUUCUAUCUUUGCAGUCAUGCUGGUAUACAGGGGACUAGUCGUCCAUCACAUUAUCAUGUUUUGUGGGAUGAUAACCAGUUUACUGCAGAUGAGCUUCAGUGUCUGACUUAUCAACUCUGUCACACAUACGUCCGUUGCACUAGAUCUGUAUCCAUUCCAGCUCCAGCAUACUAUGCUCACCUGGUGGCUUUCCGUGCCCGGUAUCAUUUGGUUGAGAAAGAUCAUGAAAGGCAAGAUUUGGGUGGUGGAAGCCAAAGUUUGAA